UCUCUCGCCCUCUCUCGCAAUCGCGAACUGAAAAUGGUAAAAGUGGCUUCGUUGCUGGGCCAACGGUGUAUUUUGUGCAAAAUUUAGGACUAAAUCCGGAUCGGAACCGGGCGAACCCGUCGUCAAAGUGUUGCGCAAGCUCAUAAAAACGGACAAGUCGGUGUAAGGACAGAGUUCAAUCAACCGCAAGUGAAGCCCCCUCCCGCCAACGAUUCUUGAAGCUUGAAUCGCCUUUCACCGAGAAGAAUACAAAAAAAAAUACAGGAAGAAUUUAGUGAAAGUAGUUUUGUUAUUUUUCGUGAGUGCUUGCUUCUGGCAGAAAUCACCCAAAUCGUCACACAUACAGAACGUGUGCGUGUGUGUGCGUGCGUAUACGUGUGUGUGUUUUGGUGAAAAAAGAAAGAAGAAAAAAGAAAAACAAAACGAACACAAAACUCCCCGAGAUUCGUCUCAGGCGAUGCAGCAGAGUGCGGAGGACAGCUCGAGCCUCAUGGACACCGAUCACGGCAGCAAUGUGUUGUCCGCGUCGUCGCCACCGUUAAACAGUGCCGUCGCCGUUGCCACCGCCCCUGCGUCGGUGGCCAUCGCCGCGGUCGCCGGAAGUGUGCCGGUGCCGGCGGGUGUCGGUUCCGCUCCCGGCGUCGUCGUGGUCGGGCGUACCGGCGAAUCGCUGGAAUUUCACUGCCGCAUGCUGGAAGAGGAACUUCAAUCGAUCAAGGAAUCCGAGUCCAAGCUCAAACAACAGUAUGUCGAAUCUCAGCGCCGCGAGCGGAUUCUGGCCAGGCGACUCGCCGUCAAGGAACAGGAGAUGCAAGACUUUGCCAGUCAAAUUGCCGAGCUUAAAACCGCCCAGGCCCCGGGACAGGCCGCCCUCCGGUCGGCGCUGCUCGAUCCGGCCGUCAACAUACUCUUUCAAAAGCUCAAGAACGAACUCCAGCAGACCAAAGCGAAGCUGGAGGAAACGCAGAACGAGCUGUCCGCGUGGAAGUUCACCCCGGACUCGAACACCGGCAAACGGUUGAUGGCCAAGUGCCGGCUGCUGUACCAGGAGAACGAAGAACUGGGCAAGAUGACCUCAAAUGGACGGUUGGCCAAGCUCGAGGGUGAACUGGCCCUGCAGAAGAGCUACAACGAGGAGGUCAAAAAGUCACAACUGGAGCUGGACGACUUCCUGCAGGAGAUGGACGAGGACGUCGAGGGCAUGCAGAGCACGAUCGUGUUCCUGCAGCAGGAGCUUAAGCACACCAAGGACGAGAAGGAAACCCUGGAGAAGGAGGUCCUGCAGCUGCGCUCAUACGUCAACGGUUGUGGCACCACCAAUAACGGCGGCGAAGAUGGCACCGUGGCCGCCGACCCGAACCGGAUGGACACUUCGGAGCCGGAACCGGAGUCGGGUCUAGUGAAUGGGAGUAACAAUAAGUUGGUGAAGCAAAGUGGUGGUUCAAGUGGUGGUGUUGUUGAUCAGAAUCGGACGCACUGUGUUAGUGGCAACAGCAAUCCGGAUUUGCUCCCGAACGGUGGUGAUGAGUUGGUUGGCGAGCAAGACGCCAACAGUAGACUUUGCGGUGGUAAUAACGCUACUAGUGCAACCGGUAGUAACAAUAAGAAAGCAAACAACAGGACUGCAAAAACCGUUGGUGGCAAGAAGCGAAACUACGCCGAAGAUUCGGACGAUCUCCACCCACAGGACGGCGGCGCAGACGACGAGGAAGACAGUGGCCACUACGAGGACGGAUCCAACAACGGCAAAAUGCUGGCCCCCGACAGUCAGCAGGAUCAGGACCAGGAAAUGACCACGACCACGACGACGACGACCAGCAGCAAGCGCAUGACCCGGUCCGGCAAGGGCAAGGCACCGCCCAAGCUGAGCGUAAAGAAGCUGCGGAGGGCAUCGGUCCUAUCGGCCGACCCGGCAGAGGACGAUGACGCGCCCGACGGCGGAUUCGCUGCCAACGGUGCGAACUGAGUGAACUCCACCCCCCACCGCGAGUGAGUGUUUGUGUUUGGGAAAACCGGCGCGACAAGACUCCUGAGAAAAUCACUCAACAUUGAAAUUAGAACUUUAAGCUAAAAAAAACAACAACAACAAACAUACAAACUAGCUACAAUAAUACUUAUUGUAGAAAAUCAAACGGUUAGACGCAACUUGAUUAGGGAGAGUGAGCGAACAAUCACGCGUUAGCAAACAAAACAAAAAAA